GAAAAAUAAGAAACAAAAUGAAACCUUUCCAAAGUGUCUGUCUUUUUAAGAGCCUGCUUGCCAGUUGCUACUGUCACGGUCAACUUCACAGCUGUCUUCUCCCUCCUGUUGUGAAGAAGAUAGGUUACGUGGUGGGACUGCACAACUGUGCAUUUUGGAGGCCAAAAUCUUUAUUGGACACAGCUAAGUUCAUGCUGUCUUUUAACAGUCGGCAUAGGAAAAAACAUCAGGAUUCUCAAAUGUUGUGGAAGCAUGAGGCUGUGCAGAAGUAUCUGGAGACUCUAAACAAGGAAUACCAACAGGUUAGUCAUCUCUUAAAUACUGACUCAAUAAAUGAGUUAGAGCAAAGAACCCUGAGAAGAAGAUAUGCCGAUCUGUCCCCCAUUGCAGCUGCAUUUCAAGAAAUCAAAGAGGCUGAAAAGGAAGUUCAGGAGUUAGAAGCUAUGUGCAGAGAGCUAGACAGCAGAGAUGAGAAACAACUUCUAGAGCUUGCCUUAGAAGAGAAGGAAACCCUGGAUAAAAAAAUCAACAUGUUGUGCAGAAAGCUUUUCCAGCUUCUAGUGCCAAAGGAAAAAUAUGAUAGAAGUCCUGUUGUAUUAGAAGUGACAGCUGGCAGAACAACUGGAGGAGACAUCUGCCAACAGUUCACUAAAGAAAUGUUUGAGAUGUACCAGAACUAUGCAGACUAUAAACGUUGGACCUUUGACAUUGUGAACUAUACGCCGGCCGAAAUAGGUGGAUUGCAUCAUGCUGCUGCUCACAUUUCGGGAGACGAUGUCUACAGGCAUCUGAAAUAUGAAGGAGGGACUCAUCGAGUCCAGCGAAUCCCUGAGAUGGGCCUGUCGUCAAGAAUGCAGCGUAUUCACACUGGAACAAUGUCAGUUAUUGUCCUCCCUCAGCCAGAGGAGGUUGAUGUUAAAGUGGAUCCCAAAGAUUUACGUAUAGAUACAUUCAGGGCCAAAGGAGCAGGAGGGCAACACGUUAACAAAACUGAUAGCGCUGUCAGAAUUGUACACCUUCCCACAGGACUAACAGUUGAGUGCCAGCAGGAGCGAUCACAGCAGUUGAACAAGGACAUAGCCCUGCGGACACUGAGGGCGAAGCUGUACCAGCAGAUCAUUGAAAAACAGCUAAGUCAAGAGCAGAGUGCCAGAAAACUGCAGUUGGGAACAAGAGCCCAGUCAGAGAGAAUUCGUACUUACAACUUCACCCAGGACAGAGUCACUGACCACAGGAUCUCAUAUGAUGCACGCAAUAUCAAGGAAAUUCUAAAUGGGAAAGAAGAACUCGAUAAGUUAAUCAACAGACUACUGGAGUUUGCAGAGAUAGAGGCUGUCACCGAAUAUCUAGAAAAUUUGAAGGCUUUAGAAGGAGGCGGCUGCUGAAGACCUUGCGUGGAGUUAAAGCAGAAAUGUUGUGCUCAGUAGCAAAAUAAAACGGAUGCACUUGUUAGAUGAUAGAUUGAUUAAUAUCUGUGCCUCUGUGUUUCA